AUGACAGUCCCUAUCAUGGUCGCUGAUGGCGCCGCGCCGCCCGUCAGCCAGGCCGACGUGACUUCUAUCCUCGACACUGUCUUCAACGCAAAGACGUCGCAAGCCUCCAUCGACGCCGCCUACGGUCUUUGCGAAGUCCUCCUUCAGUCCUACGGCUACCGUGGCCUCGAACUCUACGGCGUCCUUAGCGAACUCAAGAAGGCCGCCGCCGACAAGAAGAGCGGUCUCAAGCGCGAAGGCGCCCAGAACCUCCUCGGUGCCCUCUUCGAGAGGUUCCCUCCUCGUCAGCCCGCCAGCGAGUCCCUCCUCACAUCGCCUGAAGCCGGUCUUGUUGCGUGCGCUCUCGACGCCCUCGCUGAUAAGGGUGCCGUCGUCCGCGAGGCUGCCCAGUACGGUCUCGAUGCUCUCUACAACAACCUGAGCCCCGAAGCUCUUGUCGUUGGCCUCCUCCCUGCCCUCAUCGCCUACCUGGAGAAGUCCACCGGCAAGUGGCAGGGAACCAUUGGCGCCUACCAGCUCAUCGAGAAGAUCUCCAACAAGGCUCAAAUCACAAUUGGCACCACCAAGGAGGAGGCGGCCGAGCAGGAUGUUCUCCGCGAGGCCAUGGGCACCAAGCUUGCCCGCUUGAUUCCCAUUGUCGAGGGCGGCAUGCUCGACAUGAAGAACGAGGUCGCCAAGCAGGCUGUCAAGACCAUGACCGCUCUUACCACCCUGCUCUCCAACGACGACGUCGCUCCUCGCAUCCCUCUGCUUAUCGAGACCAUGCAGCACCCCUCGCCCGCCACCGUCCAGAAGGCUAUCCACGCCCUUUCCAUGACCACCUUCGUUGCCAUCGUCACCGCCCCUGUUCUUGCCCUCCUUACUCCCUUCUUGGAGCGCUCUCUUAGCAACCCCGGCACCCCUCAAGAAGUCCUCCGCCAGACUGUCGUCAUUACCGAGAACUUGACCAAGCUUGUCCACGACCCCAUCGAGGCCCGUACCUUCCUUCCCAAGCUCCAGCCUGGUAUCAAGAGCGUUGUCGACCGCGCUUCUCUCCCCGAGGUCCGUGAGAUCGCCACUCGCGCUCUCGCUGUGAUGGACAAGGCCAUGGGUAGCGACCAGGACAAGGUCAUUGAGCGCACACACGCCGAGGAUGUUGGCACGGUCUUGGACGCUGAGGUCAAGAAGGCCGGUGGUCUUAUUGGCGACCCCGUCGUCUACCAGACCGUCCGCAAGUACGUUGGCGAGAUGGUUGCCGAGGAUGUCAACCACCGCCACUGCAACCGCAUUGCUGCCAGAACUGGCCCUUACCUCAGCUUCCUCGUCGCUGACCCUGUCGCUGUCGGUGAGGCCGUACAGAAGCACUACGUUGACGAGGAUGCCAUCAAGUAUGGUGUUCCUGAGAAGGAGGAUGAUGGCGAGAUCGAGAUUGUCAACGCCGACUUCUCCCUUGCCUACGGUGGUAUGCUUUUGCUCCAGCACACCAACCUUCGUCUGCUCAAGGGUCACCGUUACGGUCUCUGCGGUCGCAACGGUGCCGGCAAGUCUACCCUCAUGAAGGCCAUUGCUUCCGGCAAGCUCGAGGGUUUCCCCUCCCAGGAUGUUCUCCGUACCUGCUACGUUGAGCACAACCAGGGUGAGGAUGCCGAUAUCAGCAUUCUGGACUUCAUGGUCAAGGAUCCUACCAUUGCCUCGGAGGGUCGUGAGCGCAUUUCUGCUGUUCUUGAGGAGUUCGGUUUCACAUCUGGCCCCGAGGGUCGUCAGUCGCAAAAGGUCGGCUCGCUCUCCGGUGGUUGGAAGAUGAAGCUCGCCUUGGCUCGUGCCAUGCUCCAGAAGGCUGAUGUCCUGUUGCUCGACGAACCUACUAACCAUCUUGAUGUUGCCAACAUCAAGUGGCUCGAGGAGUAUCUCAAGUCCCACACCGACAUCACCUCCCUGAUUGUGUCUCACGACUCCGGUUUCCUCGACAACGUCACCACCGACAUCUACCACUACGAGCCCAACAAGAAGCUUGGCCACUACAAGGGCAACCUCGCCGCCUUCGUCAACGUCCGCCCCGAGGCCAAGGCCUACUACACUCUCUCUGCCUCCAAUGUCCAGUUCAAGUUCCCUCCCCCGGGUAUCCUGUCCGGCGUCAAGUCGCAGACUCGUGCCAUCAUCCGUAUGACGGAUGUCUCCUUCACCUACCCCAACGCCCCCAAGCCUUCGCUCAGCGGCGUCACCUGCCAGCUUUCGCUCUCCUCCCGCGUGGCCAUUAUCGGCCCCAACGGUGCUGGCAAGUCCACCCUGAUCAAGCUGCUCACUGGCGAGGUUAUUCCUACGGCUGGAAAGGUCGAGAAGCACCCCAACCUUCGUAUCGGUUACAUCAAGCAGCACGCUCUUGAGCACGUUGAGAUGCAUCUCGAAAAGACCCCCAACCAGUAUCUCCAGUGGCGCUACCAGCACGGUGAUGACCGCGAAGUCCACAUGAAGCAGACGCGCCAGUUGACGGAAGCCGACAAGGAGCAGAUGGAUAAGUUUGUCGAUGUCGGUGAUGGCAAGGGCAAGCGGCAGGUGGAGGCUUUGGUUGGUCGUCAGAAGUACAAGAAGACCUUCCAGUACGAGGUCAAAUGGCGUGGGUUCCUUCCCAAGCACAACACCAUGAUCUCCCGCGAGACCCUUCUCGAGCUCGGAUUCCAGAAGCUCAUCCAGGAAUUCGACGACCACGAGUCCUCGCGCGAAGGUCUCGGUUACCGCGAGCUCCAGCCCGCUGUCAUCUCCAAACAUUUCGAAGACCUCGGUCUCGACCCCGAGAUCGCCAACCACAACGAGAUUGGCUCUCUGUCCGGUGGUCAAAAGGUCAAGGUUGUCAUUGCCGGUGCCAUGUGGAACAACCCUCACAUGUUGGUUCUUGACGAGCCUACUAACUUCUUGGAUCGUGACUCCCUCGGUGGUCUUGCUGUCGCCAUUCGCGACUUCAAGGGCGGUGUGGUUAUGAUUUCUCAUAACGAAGAGUUUGUCGGUGCUCUCGCUUCCGAGACAUGGAAUGUUGUUGACGGCCGCGUCACCCACAAGGGUCAGAACUCUGCUGCUCUUGACCGCUUUGAGGACAGCAAGCCUGCCUCUGCUGUCACCAGCGGCUUGAACACCCCCAUGGGCAUGAGCGAGCCUAGCACUGCUGUCAACUCGGGCGUCGAGGAUAACAGCCUCGGAGUCACGGGCGAAAGCAUGACGUUCAAGGCCAAGAAGAAGAAGAAGAUGACCAAGAAGGACCUCAAGGAGCGCGAAGCCAGAAGGAGACUGAGGCAUAUUGAGUGGCUGAACAGCCCCAAGGGAACGCCGCAUCCCAAGGACACGGAUGAUGAGGAUGAAUGAGGAUCGAAUGCUUACGAAGAGGGAGUUUUGCAUACCUAGCAUGGCUGGUGAUCUUGCGUUGCAGUUUAGCGAUAUCCAAAUAUGUGUGUAGGGGACAUGUGGAGGAAGAACAAAAGGGAUGGUUUAGAUUGGCCUUUUUCAGUGGGGCUGGAUGGAAUUUCGGACUUCUUUUUGGGCUCGAAUAGGGGGGAUCAAGGGGGGUUAGACUAGAAGGCGUUUUCAUUUUUGUUUCUGUUUUGUUUUGCUUGUUUGGUCGGGAUGAUGCUACCCUUCAAAAGUUUAGACGGCAUUUGUUUAUAGAUCUUUUUGGGAGAUUGGAAUCAAGAGCUAGAUGAUGAUGCAACUUAUCCUUCCA